UAUACCUAUACAUAGAUAUGACUUCACAAUCUAAAUUUAGAUAUUGUUAACCGCAAAUUCGUAAACGAUAGAUGCUAUGUCUGACUCAAGAAGGUCGAGAAAAAUGUCAAAGAAAAUGGCACGAAUGGCUGCUCGCUCUGGAAAGGAAUCAUCUGAGAUGUCUUCUGAUUUAGAAACGGAGAGUUCAGUUGAUCGUGAUUGGAGGGAAUCAAGAACGGUUGCACAAUGUGUGUCACAUCUUUGCUUCUCAGAACAUCUUUCUGACAUCAGCUUUACCUUCGACGACGAUAAAAGUGUGAAACUUCCAGCACAUAAAUUUGUACUGAGCAUGCGCAGUGAUGUUUUUGAAGCCAUGUUUUAUGGUUAUCUAGCGGAAGGAGGUGAAACGGUGUUUAUCAAAGAUGUCAAACCUGAUGUAAUGAAGACGAUUUUAAGAUUUGUCUACACCGACAAGCCAGAGAUUGACGGAAAAAAUGUCUUACCUUGUUUGUAUGCAGCAAAAAAAUACAACUUGUCUGGUCUUGUGAAACAAUGCUCCAACUUUCUUCAAAACAACAUUGACGAGAAUAAUGUUUGUCAGAUAAUUGAGCAUGCCAUCUUUUAUCAGAUGAAUCCUCUUCAAGAGAGAUGUCUUGCGUUCAUCAUUGAAAAUGCAUCAAGUGUCCUAUGUUCUCAAGGUUUUAUGGAGUUAUCGCACGCAACAUUGUUGAAUAUUCUUAAAAGGGACGAAUUGGCAAGCGAUGAAAUAGAUGUAUUUAAAGCAGCAGUGAAAUGGGCAGAACACAAUUGUGAAUCUAAAUCUGGACAAAAUAUGCGCGAUCAACUUGGGGAAGCUCUGUUCGAGAUAAGGUUUCCGAAUAUACCAAUAGAAGAUUUUGCGCGAGUUGUUACUCCAUCUGGAAUACUAACCAAAGAGGAGCUACUGACGCUGUAUGAAUUUAACGCAACAAAAGGGUCGACACCUUUGGGGAAUUUCAGGCAAGGCGAAAGACCGGGAACACUAAUUACUGUCAAUCUCGGGCAGUACAAGUAUGAACAUAGUCUGUCACGAAUGGGUAGGAGCUCAGCUUGUUACUUAAAUAUACAAGGUUAUAACAAUCGUUUAAGACAAAAUCAAUUAUUUUCUAAUCAAGUUAAACCAAUCAAUAAAUCCGUAAAAUUAAAGGCUGUCACUGGUACGUUUGUCGAAAGUGUUACAGGAAUUGCCAACAAUGGGGUUCACAUACAUGAUUACAAAACUAAUGGAGAUAAACUUAUAUUCAUGACUCCGAUCGACAUAUCUGACAAUAUCAGUAUAGAGUUUAAUUUUAGCAACGAAAAUCAGAAUGAUUUCGGUUUUAGAUUUUCGGCACUUGCAAACCAUUUCUCAUAUACAUCAGAUAUACAGGAAAACGUGAAAGGACAGAAUAUUAUAAUCACCAACAUUCCAGACGGCUUAGAAACAAUCACCUUUGUUUGA